AUGGAUGUCCACACCCGCUGGAAAGCGCGCAGCCCGCGCUGCCCGGGCGCCCCGCUGUCGCCGCUGCUGUUCCUGCCGAUGCUGCUGCUGUGGGCGCCGCCUCCGAGCCGCGCAGCUCAGCCAGCAGAUCUUCUGAAGGUUCUAGAUUUCCACAACUUACCUGAUGGCAUCACAAAGACAACAGGUUUCUGUGCAACACGGCGAUCUUCCAAAGGUCCAGACGUUGCCUACAGAGUCACCAAGGAUGCCCAGCUCAGCGCGCCCACCAGACAGCUCUAUCCCUCGUCUGCGUUCCCUGAGGACUUCUCCAUUCUAACCACUGUGAAAGCCAAGAAGGGCAGCCAGGCCUUCCUGGUGUCUGUCUACAAUGAGCAAGGCAUUCAGCAGAUCGGCCUGGAGAUGGGACGCUCCCCCGUCUUCCUAUAUGAGGACCACAUGGGAAAACCAGGCCCAGAAGACUACCCACUUUUCAGGGGUAUCAAUCUGUCAGACGGCAAGUGGCACAGAAUUGCUCUCAGCAUCCACAAGAAGAAUAUCACCCUAGUCCUGGACUGUAAAAAGAAAACCACCAAGUUCCUGGACCGGAGUGACCACCCCAUCAUCGACGUCAAUGGCAUCAUCGUCUUCGGUACCAGGAUUCUGGAUGAGGAGGUGUUCGAGGGAGACAUCCAGCAGCUGCUCUUCGUCUCGGACCACCGGGCAGCUUAUGAUUACUGUGAGCACUACAGCCCUGACUGUGAUACGGCGGUCCCUGACACCCCCCAGUCACAGGACCCCAACCCUGAUGAAUAUUACCCAGAGGGAGAAGGUGAGAGUGACGCCUAUUACUACGAGUACCCCUACUAUGAAGACCCUGAAGACCUGGGCAAGGACCCCACUUCCACCAAGAAGCCUGUAGAAGUUGCUCGAGAGACCACAGAGAUUCCUGAGGAGCUGACCCCACCACCCACGGCAGCCCCUCCUGUGCCUGAAAUCAGUGAGGGAACAGGGAAGGAGGAUGACCCUGGCAUAGAUGACUAUGACUAUGUGCCAAGUGAAUACUACUACACACCAUCCCCCUACGAGGACAUUAACUACGGCGAUGGCUUGGAGAACCCCGACCAGCCCACAGACACGGGGCUGGAGGCCGAAAUUCCCACCAGCACAACAGUCACCGGCAACACAUCCAACCCAGCUUUGUCCCCAGAGGACAAUGAUGGGGACUUCACAGAGGAAACCAUCAAGAAUCUGGAUGAAAACUACUACGACCCGUACUUCGACCCCACCAUGUCCCCAUCAGAGAUCGGGCCAGGGAUGCCGGCCAACCAGGACACCAUCUAUGAAGGGAUCGGAGGACCCCGAGGCGAGAAGGGCCAAAAAGGAGAGCCUGCAAUCAUCGAACCUGGCAUGCUUAUAGAAGGACCGCCAGGCCCCGAAGGUCCCGCGGGUCUCCCAGGACCCCCAGGAACAACAGGUCCCACUGGCCAAGUGGGUGACCCUGGAGAGAGGGGGCCCCCCGGACGCCCAGGACUCCCUGGAGCUGAUGGCCUGCCUGGUCCCCCCGGGACCAUGCUCAUGUUGCCAUUCCGGUUUGGAGGAGGUGGGGACGCAGGCUCCAAAGGCCCCAUGGUCUCAGCUCAGGAGUCCCAGGCUCAGGCCAUCCUGCAACAAGCCCGGUUGGCACUGAGGGGACCAGCCGGCCCGAUGGGACUUACUGGCAGACCAGGCCCCAUGGGUCCCCCUGGGAGCGGAGGCCUGAAGGGUGAGCCUGGAGAUAUGGGUCCACAGGGUCCCCGAGGGGUGCAGGGCCCGCCAGGCCCCUCAGGAAAACCUGGAAGAAGGGGGCGAGCGGGAAGUGAUGGAGCAAGAGGCAUGCCUGGACAAACCGGCCCCAAGGGUGACCGUGGUUUUGAUGGCUUAGCCGGAUUGCCAGGGGAGAAGGGCUACCGGGGUGAGCCUGGUCCUUCUGGCCCCCCGGGACCUCCAGGAGAAGAUGGAGAUAGGGGUGACGAUGGAGAAGUUGGGCCCCGAGGGCUGCCUGGGGAACCCGGUCCUCGAGGUCUGCUUGGGCCAAAGGGGCCUCCGGGCCCUCCUGGACCUCCGGGUGUGACGGGCAUGGAUGGACAGACUGGGCCGAAAGGAAACGUGGGUCCCCAGGGAGAACCCGGCCCCCCCGGCCAGCAGGGUAAUCCAGGUGCCCAGGGUCUCCCUGGACCUCAGGGUGCAAUCGGGCCUCCAGGAGACAAGGGCCCCUUGGGUAAACCUGGACUCCCAGGGAUGCCUGGCGCUGAUGGACCCCCGGGGCACCCCGGUAAGGAAGGCCCUCCAGGAGAGAAAGGAGGACAGGGUCCGCCUGGCCCCCAGGGUCCUAUCGGUUAUCCAGGCCCUCGAGGAGUAAAGGGGGCAGACGGCAUCCGAGGCUUGAAGGGUACCAAGGGGGAGAAGGGUGAAGAUGGUUUUCCCGGGUUUAAAGGAGACAUGGGCAUCAAGGGUGACCGGGGAGAGAUUGGCCCACCUGGUCCCCGAGGGGAAGAUGGUCCUGAAGGCCCGAAGGGUCGAGGAGGCCCCAAUGGUGACCCUGGCCCCCUGGGGCCCAGUGGGGAGAAGGGAAAACUCGGAGUACCAGGGUUACCAGGGUACCCAGGAAGACAAGGACCCAAGGGUUCUAUUGGAUUUCCUGGAUUUCCGGGCUCCAAUGGAGAGAAAGGUGGCAGGGGGACUCCUGGAAAGCCGGGACCCAGAGGGCAGCGUGGUCCAACGGGUCCUCGGGGUGAGAGAGGUCCGAGGGGCAUUACCGGGAAGCCUGGUCCCAAGGGCAACUCGGGAGGUGAUGGCCCUGCUGGCCCUCCUGGGGAACGGGGACCCAAUGGACCUCAAGGACCAACAGGAUUUCCUGGACCCAAGGGUCCUCCUGGCCCCCCAGGCAAGGAUGGACUCCCCGGACACCCUGGACAGAGAGGCGAGACUGGCUUCCAAGGCAAGACUGGCCCUCCAGGGCCCCCGGGUGUGGUGGGCCCUCAGGGUCCCACGGGAGAGACUGGUCCAAUGGGUGAACGCGGCCACCCUGGGCCCCCAGGGCCUCCUGGAGAACAGGGGCUCCCAGGCGUGGCUGGAAAGGAAGGGACCAAGGGGGAUCCUGGUCCUGCCGGCAUCCCUGGAAAGGAUGGGCCCCCAGGACUACGUGGCUUUCCUGGGGACAGAGGGCUUCCUGGCCCAGUGGGGGCUCUUGGAUUGAAAGGCAAUGAAGGGCCACCCGGUCCACCAGGGCCUGCGGGAUCUCCAGGGGAGAGAGGUCCUGCAGGUGCUGCCGGGCCCAUCGGGAUUCCAGGGCGCCCCGGACCCCAGGGCCCUCCAGGGCCGGCUGGAGAAAAAGGGACACCUGGCGAGAAAGGGCCACAAGGCCCGGCCGGCCGAGAUGGUCUCCAGGGCCCUGUGGGGCUCCCUGGCCCAGCAGGACCUGUGGGGCCUCCAGGAGAAGAUGGGGAUAAGGGCGAGAUUGGCGAACCCGGUCAGAAGGGGAGCAAGGGGGACAAGGGAGAGCAGGGUCCUCCUGGGCCUACAGGUCCUCAAGGCCCCAUCGGACAGCCAGGUCCCUCUGGGGCGGACGGCGAGCCGGGGCCUCGGGGCCAGCAGGGCCUUUUUGGUCAGAAGGGUGACGAGGGCCCACGAGGUUUCCCAGGUCCCCCUGGGCCCGUGGGGCUGCAGGGUUUGCCGGGACCUCCAGGGGAGAAGGGUGAGACUGGAGACGUGGGCCAGAUGGGCCCUCCAGGUCCCCCAGGUCCCCGAGGACCCUCCGGAUCUCCAGGUGCUGAUGGACCACAAGGCCCUCCAGGUGGAAUCGGGAACCCCGGUGCAGUAGGGGAGAAGGGCGAGCCUGGUGAAGCUGGUGAACCUGGCCUUCCGGGAGAAGGGGGCCCCCCGGGCCCCAAAGGGGAGAGAGGGGAGAAGGGCGAGUCGGGUCCUUCUGGUGCUGCUGGACCCCCUGGACCCAAAGGCCCUCCCGGAGAUGACGGCCCCAAGGGCAGCCCGGGACCCGUGGGCUUCCCUGGAGAUCCUGGUCCCCCCGGAGAGCCGGGCCCCGCGGGUCAAGAUGGUCCACCUGGGGACAAAGGAGAUGACGGUGAACCGGGGCAAACGGGAUCCCCAGGUCCCACUGGUGAGCCAGGUCCAUCAGGGCCUCCAGGAAAAAGGGGUCCCCCCGGUCCUGCAGGGCCUGAAGGCAGACAGGGGGAGAAAGGAGCCAAGGGAGAAGCUGGUUUGGAAGGCCCUCCUGGGAAGACUGGCCCCAUCGGCCCCCAGGGGGCACCAGGGAAGCCUGGGCCCGAUGGGCUGCGAGGGAUCCCAGGGCCUGUGGGUGAACAAGGUCUACCCGGAUCCCCAGGCCCAGAUGGUCCCCCUGGACCCAUGGGCCCCCCUGGACUCCCCGGCCUCAAAGGAGACUCAGGUCCCAAAGGUGAGAAGGGUCACCCAGGCCUGAUCGGACUCAUUGGACCUCCGGGUGAACAGGGGGAGAAGGGUGACCGUGGUCUCCCUGGCCCUCAGGGCUCAUCCGGCCCCAAGGGAGAACAGGGUAUUACCGGUCCUUCUGGCCCGCUUGGCCCUCCAGGACCCCCUGGCUUACCGGGUCCUCCUGGUCCCAAAGGCACCAAAGGCUCCUCAGGUCCCACUGGGCCCAAGGGUGAGGCAGGACAGCCAGGGCCCCCUGGCCUGCCGGGUCCCCCGGGCGAGGUCAUCCAGCCCCUGCCAAUCCAGGCUUCCAGAAUGCGGCGGAACAUCGAUGCCAGCCAGCUGCUGGACGAAGGGAACGGCGAGAACUACAUGGACUACGCUGACGGGAUGGAGGAGAUCUUCGGUUCACUCAACUCCCUGAAGCUGGAGAUUGAGCAGAUGAAGCGACCAUUGGGCACCCAGGAGAACCCCGCCCGCACCUGCAAGGACCUGCAGCUCUGCCACCCUGACUUCCCCGACGGUGAAUACUGGGUGGACCCCAACCAAGGGUGCUCCAGGGACUCCUUCAAAGUCUACUGUAACUUUACAGCUGGCGGAGCCACGUGUGUCUUCCCUGACAAGAAGUCGGAGGGGGCCAGAAUCACUUCUUGGCCCAAAGAGAACCCGGGUUCCUGGUUCAGUGAAUUCAAGCGUGGUAAACUGCUUUCCUAUGUGGACGCUGAGGGCAGCCCUGUGGGCGUGGUACAGAUGACCUUCCUGCGGCUAUUGAGUGCCUCCGCCCAGCAGAACAUCACUUAUAACUGCUACCAGUCGGUCGCUUGGCAGGACGCCGCCACGGGCAGCUAUGACAAGGCCAUCCGCUUCCUGGGCUCCAACGAUGAAGAGAUGUCCUAUGACAAUAACCCUUAUAUCCGCGCCCUGGUGGACGGCUGUGCGACGAGGAAAGGCUAUCAGAAAACGGUGCUGGAGAUUGAUACCCCCAAAGUGGAACAAGUGCCCAUUGUGGACAUCAUGUUCAAUGACUUCGGUGAAGCGUCUCAGAAAUUUGGCUUCGAAGUGGGGCCGGCGUGCUUCAUGGGCUAGGAGCUGCC